GCUCAAUAACAAAGUACGAGAACCUAUAGUAUAAUGUGUAAUAGGGGUAUUGGAAAAUUACUAUUAAAGUUAUAUUAAUUUUGAAGUGUCUACUGUAGAAACAUUCGGUGUUGUUGUAUGUUAUCCAUGAUCUCGUUGGAAUAUUUGGGACAAAGUUGUUAUAACCUCAAAUUUUUGACGUAAACAUACAAGAUCAAAGAAAUGGCGGUCGAGGGUGUAAUGGUUUCAUACAACUACUCCGAUGGCGGUGAACACGCGAACAUUCUCACAGUAUCCGCUUCAGGGAUCAAGUUCUCCAACCGCUGGGUACUUACGCACGGUUCCAUUCUGUCACCUUUGAAGCAAGCCCGCGUACUACAAAAAUCAAGGGGCAAGCCGAUAUUAAACGACGAAUUUUACAAAGACCUCCCAGAGAUUCAUGUAACCUGUGAGAAGAAGCAUUCAAAAGUGCCCGCCGUGUAUGAGGGAGUCGAGAAACUGAGCAGAGAGAGGAAUUUGGAUAAUGACGCUGACUUUGAACAUAUCAGUUAUCAGAUAAGCGUUCUAACGGGCAGAAUAUGUCAUGUGUGGCAAUGCCCCAUUUUGGAUCGGUGCGUGGACGAUAUCCUGUACAGCUGGACCAUCGGCCACAGAGACGGCGAUGUAGACACACAGUCCCAAUUAGGGAAGGCACUGCUGUCUGUUUUUGUACUUGUCGACUUGGAGAGUGAAGACAGAGGUUUAAAAACGUUAAGACCGUUAUCAGAACUGCUAGACUUGGUGAAGCCGGCGCCCGAGCGAGGAGCUUCUGUUGAAGUCCAUUCUACGCCAUUUGGUUGUGAAGUGUUCCUCAACGGAGUGACGAGGGGAUCCGUCUGCGGUGUGGUUGGCAAGAAACCAUCGCUUCUGCUCACUGAUGCCGCCACAGCGUUAGGCUCGGAAGGCGGGCCCGUUUUUAGUGAAGGACCAACGAAGGAGCUGAUAGGUGCAGUGGUAUGCAGCGUCGCCUGGUGGCGGGGGGAGUGGGUGGGGCUAACACUGGUGGCGCCGCUAGGAUCCGUGCUCUCCGCUAAACUGAGAGUGGCGCCCCCUAGCAUUCCCAGAUCGCAACCUACGCAUCCUCAUACUCGAAUAUUAGGUCACGUGGAUGCAACGGUGGCGCUUGUUCGCUGCGGCGCGGCGUGGGGCGCCGGCCUGUACCUGGGCGGCGGACUGUUCCUCACCUGCGCACACGUCGUCAACAAUUAUGCAUCUACAAAAGUGUCCCUGUAUUGCGCUGGAAUACGGGGAGCGGCGAUUGUCCGCUACAAGUCGGCGGCCGAUCGUGCCUACGACCUCGCUCUCUUGUACUCCAACCCUGAGUACUGGCCGCAUCUCCAGCCAGCCAGCAUCGCGACACAAUCUGCUGUUAAAGGGGAGCCAGUACUAGCUGCGGGCUAUCCUUACUUCAACGAGCAGAACUUGGAAGAUUUGCGGCCGACGGUGACCACUGGCCACGUGAACAACGUCUCCCCUUCCAUGCUGCAGACCUCGUGCUGUGUCCAGUCAGGCUUCAGCGGAGGCCCGAUAUUCCGGCUGACCAGUGACUCCAAAAUAGAAGUGUUGGCGAUAGUGGUCAGCAAUGCGAAGACGCACACCGGCGCCUGCUACCCAUACAUCAACAUGGCGGUACCAGUCAGGGCAUUCAUGCACUUCAUACAAGACUUUAUCCAGAACAAAGAUGUCAGCAAGCUGUCGUCAAUAGAAAACAACAGAGACAUGAUCCAGUCGCAGUGGAGAUUACUGCCUUAUAGAUCCAAAAUAUAGUCUCGCACGCUCCACGAGCAUGUUGAAAUGUUGGGAUAGAAUCCUACAUGGCAUAUUGCUUUUUAUAAAUAAGGUGCCGGGUUCGAUUCUCGGACAAAUCAAUUUAGGAAGCGAACAUUACUAAAUUGAUUACGUAGUGUCUCUAGAUAUUUGUCCUUAUAUUGUUUCCCAACUCGAGGUAAAAGAAACUGAUGUGAUUUUUUGGCAUUUAUUAGAUAUUAUAGAAGAAAAAUCUAUUGUAGACUGUUACAAUAGGACUUAAUGAAAAUGUAAACAGACACUUAAUUACAAAUACAUAAUAGAUGUAUUGUAUCUUAUAUUUAUAUCUAUUUUUGUUUAUAGUAUAUUAAUAUUGGUACGGUACUAGUAUAAUAGUGAUAAUUUCAACAACACGUUGUGAUCUUUUUAUUAAAUUCUAUUGAAAUUUGGACAAGGAAUGUAGCGUUUUAACACACCACCUCGCCUAUCUAUAGUUCUUGUUCGAGUCCUACAUUUGUACUUAAUCAUGUAGGUAUUUUAUUAAUAAAAAUGUAUAUUAUUUCUCUUCAUAAAAUGUGCCAUAAUAUCUACUCUAUAAAUAAAUGAUAAUAAAUGUAAAUACUAUUUGGAUGUAUGUGUUUAUUUAUGUAUGUGUAUAUAACUAUGCUGUCACAGAUCUUUAGAACAAUACUUUCACAAAGAUUUUUCUGUUUCCUCGGCAGCCAUCUUUAUAAUAAUAUAAACCGUAUUUUGAACAUAUAUUCAUAUUCACACUUCAAUUGUAAAACUGCGCUUAAAACAUGGUUAUUGAGUCUGACGUACGAUGACACGGAGAAAUUACUGAAGGUUACGUAUUAAAUUACAACUUAUGAAAAUAUUAUUAAAAUAAUGUAUAUUGUGUAAGUGUAUGUAGGAUAUAUCGGUUGUAUAACCUUAACUAUAUAUGUGUAUGUAUGUGUGUGUGUAUAUAUGUAUGUAUAUGUGUAUGUAUGUAUAUGUGUAUGUAUGUAUAUGUGUAUGUAUGUAUAUGUGUAUGUAUGUAUAUAUGUAUAUAUAUAUAUAUAUAUAUAUAUAUAUAUGUAUAUGUAUGUGUGUGUGUAUGUGUGUAUGUAUGUGUAUAUGUAUUAAUGUUGUUAUUAUAUUCAUAACCAGAGCAAAUUGUAAUAUAGUGCCAACACCAUGGGGUGAGGACCUGGUGAUCUGUAACACAGGUUUAUCCUACUUCAGACACCAGUUCUUCACAAUACAUUAAAUUAUGUAACCUCCAAAAAUAAAUGUAUUAGAAUAUAAUAGAUGUACAGAUAUUAUUUUUUUACAGAUCUAUUCUUUUUAACACGCCACCUACCUAUUUAUGCUUUAAUUCCUUCUACCCAAAGGUCGUCUAGAAGAGAUUUCUUAACAAUAAGACCGCCUUUUGUACUACACUAUACGUAUUGAAAAUUGUUCAACAAAUCCUGUUAUGUUGGUGCAAUAAAGUGUUGAAUAAAUAAAUAAAAUAAAUAUAUUAUACAUUUUAAUAUAUAAUAAAUUAAGAAUUAUUAUCGUUCACUUCAGAAUAAAUUCUCUGUUUUAGAGGUACUAUACAUAAUAAUACAUAAUGUAUGUAAUCUAUGGUUUUAGUUUUGAUCAAUUUGUCAGUUGAAGAAAGAUAUUGUAAAUAUAUUUUUAUACCUAAUUUAUUAUAAAUACAUCUGUUUAUUUUUUAAA